CCUGAAGGCUCUGCCCCGCCCUUCUCCUCCCCCUUCCCUGCUUGCCACCAAUCAGAUGUUAGCGCGGGAAGCUUGGGACUGGGGAGGACUCAGAAGCAAGAAGCAGCUUGGCAAGCUGAAACCUGCUCUAUCAGCACAUCCUCCACAUUGGGACAGAGACUUUCCCAGAUUAGAAGGUGGAAAAAAGAAGACUUGGGAGGACAUGUUCAACAAGUUACUUUUGGAAGCACGCGUUGACAAGAUGGAGCUCAGAACAUGGAGAAUUACACUGUCUGAGAACCUGGACAUGGACAGGGAGGACAGGAGAGCAUGCAGGGAACAAGAGUGUGCCAUGCAGGAAGAGAUGCUGUGGAUUAUGAAGGAGCAAUCAGACACAUUGAGGCGUCUAGUGGAGGUUCAAGAAAGGCAGCUGGAUGCUAGAGUCCCUCUGCAGUCUAUGCUGAACAUGCUGCCAUCGUCACCAAGUUCCACAUCCUUCUCCCCAAAAUGUCCUAUGAGGCAGACGGCAGGAGGGGGAAAGUUCUGUAUCCCUUGCACGCAACACCAGGGGAGGAUACAAGGACCAGAAGGCGCCCAUUCCCACACCUUUGAUUGUUAUUGCAGUGCAUCUGUAAGCAAGCUUUCCUUAUUUCCCCCCCACAGUGUUAUCAGCCCUUUUGCUCCACAUUAUCUUACUUUUCUUUAUUGUCUUUGUGUGUUUGUGAGCAUAAUAAAACUUAACGGAUUGAGGAGAAAAGGCUCCUUAUUCACAGUGGUUGGUGGGGGUGGAGUUUACAGGGGAGAAUAUGCAAUGAAGGGGACAGUUUGGUAA